GCGCACCACCACACCCAGGAAAACACCAGUGGGACUUAGUUACCUGCAAGGGCCUCUUGCCCCGCUAUGAACAUGCUAGCUUCAUUCCCUCCUGCACAUCUGACCAUAUCUGGGUAUUUGGAGGUGCCAACCAAUCAGGAAAUCGAAAUUGUCUACAAGUCCUGAAUCCUGAAACCAAGAUGUGGACCACGCCAGAAGUGACCAGCCCCCCACCAUCCCCAAGAACAUUCCACACAUCAUCCGCAGCCAUUGGAAACCAGCUGUAUGUCUUUGGGGGCGGAGAGAGAGGUGCCCAGCCUGUGCAGGACACGAAGCUGCACGUGUUUGACGCAAAGACUCUGACCUGGUCACAGCCAGAGACACUUGGAAAUCCUCCAUCUCCCCGGCAUGGUCAUGUGAUGUGCAAGGACAAAGCCUUCAUCCAUGGAAGGCUUGGCAGGGACAAAUUCUAUGACGAUCUCCACUGCAUUGAUAUAAGUAACAUGAAAUGGCAGAAGCUAAGUCCCACUGGGGCAGCUCCAGCAGGCUGUGCUGCCCACUCAGCUGUGGCUGUGGGAAAUCACCUGUAUAUCUUUGGUGGAAUGACUCCUGCAGGAGCACUGGACACAAUGUACCAGUAUCACACAGAAAGGCAGCAUUGGACCUUGCUUAAAUUUGAUUCUUUUCUACCCCCCGGACGAUUGGACCAUUCCAUGUGUAUCAUUCCAUGGCCAGUGACGUGUGCUUCUGAGAAAGAAGAUUCCAACUCUCUCACUCUGAACCAUGAAGCUGAGAAAAGGGAUUCAGCUGACAAAGUAAUGAGCCACAGUGGCGACUCACAUGAGGAAGGCCAGACUGAUACACUGCUCUGUUUGGUGUUCGGUGGGAUGAAUACAGAAGGGGAAAUCUAUGAUGAUUGUAUUGUGACUAUAGUUGACUAAUAAAACCCAUAUUUUUAUUACCUGUCA